CAUCUGUAUUUAUUUAUAGUACUCCGUGUGUGGGUAAUAUGAAAAUGGAUGGCUGAUAGAUUCCCGUUUGGCACGUGAAUAGAUAUUUUUAUUUAAUUAUUAGUAAUUACCAUUUGUCCAUCAAGCUGGGUGCCAAAACAGUAGAACGUUUCCUCAGCCUAGCAGACGACAACUUUGUCGAAGAUGUCAUCGAAGACUUAAAAUGUUUUAUAGCCGAAGAAAAACUUGACAGAUUUCAAUAAAAGUGUGCUAGUGUUCCCUCCUGUGAGCAACUACAGGAGGUUCCUGAUCCAUCGUGCUGUGGAACAGCUGGGCCGGCCGGAGCUCUCAACAUUCUCAAUUGGAGUGAGCGACGAACGCCGGACAGUAGUCUGCUACAAAGACCGCUUGUUGAGUGAUGAAGCUUGCGCGCGACCAGCCAUGGGACUGACACAGAAUGAUCGCGAUGAGGCCGCUAUAUCACAAGCUGCAGCGGUGGGAGGUUGCAAGCCGGCGCAGGCGCCUCGCCGCCCGCAGCCUCAGGAAAAGAUCAGAUCUGGUUCAACGAAGCCCCGGCGUCCCGACCGCGCCGUAUACGUGCCGCGAGCGUUGCGAACAGCAGACAACAACCAAGCGGAAGAAGUCAAAGAACCCAACAAUCAACGCAGAACUAGUCAAAGUGCAGAAGGUGCUAAAUGUCCCAAGUCGCCAGCGCCCAAAGACAAAUCGCAACACGGCACGCCCAGAAAGUCCAUAGAUAAGAACUUCUGUAACGUGUACACUCCACCGCAUCUCAGAAAUCAAAGAUCUCACACGGCCCCGAGCAUAGACGAGCCCACAUCGAGCGACAUCAAGGAAACCGUGCCUUCAGGCUUCCAAGUGCCAAAUAGUGAUAGUGCAAUAUCUUUUAGUGAUGAUAUUAGUUAUAACGAUAUAGAAGUAGGAGAGAAUUUUUAUAUAGGAGAUUAUUUUGCCAACGGACAGUUAGGAUUCUACAGUCCCAACUACUAUAGUGAGUUCACGGAUAACAGUCGCGAGAACGCGGCAGAUAAUAGCGACUGGAGGUCAAAUGAGUCCGACGAAAAUAUGGCGGUGAACGAAUCGAAUCAGAGCAAUAACAUUAUUGAUAACGAUUAUUUGUACGAUAAGGACGAAGACUUCGAGAAGAAUGAGUUGAAGCGAGCAUCGCAGGAGAUUAAUAGGAGUAGCAAACGGAUCAUAAAACAGAGUUUCCAUUCUGAUGUGUUAGUGAUAUCUGAUCCGGAUCCCGUGGAGGAAGCGAUAGAGAAAACUGACCCAGAGCCAGUAGUGGAAGCGAAGGAGCCAGAACUUAAGAAGCAUAAACCUAAGUUAGAGGCUAAAGUUUCUUUGAAGCGAGAAGAGAACGACUGGGAUGCAGUCUUCGACGACAGUGGGGAAUGCCUGGACCCCUCACUCCUAGAAGAAUUAACGACCACCGUCGGCAAGGUCCAUAUAACAAAACCUAAGAACAACUACGAACAGUACCAAACGAAGGGCCAGGCCCUCUUCAACGGUCCCUACGACGAAACUUUCGGUCAUGUGGUUGAAGUGUACGACUUUCCCAGUGAGUUUAAAACGAACGAUCUGUUCUCGUUGUUCAGUGAAUACAAAGACACGGGUUUUGAAAUUAAGUGGGUGGACGAUACGCAUGCGUUGAUCGUGUUCAGCAGCGCUAAGAUUGCUGCAGAAGUGCUAUCGACGCAGCGUCCGUUGGUGCGAUGUAGACCGCUCCACGCGGCCACACUCGAGUCCAGGAACAAAGCUAAGAAGUGCGCCGAGUUCUUGCAGCCUUAUAGACAGCGUCCGGAGACGUGCACUGCACUGGCGCGGCGGCUGGUGUCGGGCGCGCUCGGCGUCAAGCUCAGCACUGCGCGCCAGGAGCGGGCCGAGGAGAGGAGACUUAUUACUAUCGCUAGGGAGAAGAAACGCCAAGCGGCCCUGCAUAAGGAGGCGGCGUGGGACGGCUCGCUCGCGAACCAGUCCGUCGACACGUGAUGACGUGAGAUGAGCCUCUCGCAUCCAAAUUCAACAUGAGAAGAACUUGACGACCGGACUCUCAUAGAAAAUGUUCGUUUUAUUAAUGUUAAUGUAGUUAUAGUACUAUAGAUAUUUUUCUAUGCGAAAUAUUAGAUGUUAUGACGCCUAAGAGGUUUUGGUCCUUAGGUAAGUUCGAUUUAUGCUUAGUUUUAAAAUUAAUUUUAUAUGUUGCAUGACUUUGUGUUCGACAUGACUGGCUUAUUACCUACCUACUUAAAAUGUAUAUUUGUUUAACCUAUAUUAAUAAGAUUUCGUCUUCAUACUGUACUUAUACAAAAGCGUGAUUUAUUAUGUAACUUCAUUUCAUUGAUAAAAAAGGGUUUUUUUAUAAUAUUAUGUCACAAAAUUAAGGACGUCAGAAAUUGUAUGAAAUUUUUGUACGAAGCCUAAAAUGCUUGUCAGAAUAUUAAUCAAAUAUACAAUUCUCACACUCAAUCCGAUCUACGGAUAAAAACGCAAUAUCUAAUAUAAGAUUUAUAAUGCAUGUUAGUAAGUGGUAUAUAUUUCAACACCUAUAGUAUUCAUAGAAACCAAAUAUUAGUAUUUAUUUCGCUUUCUCUGUUAAUAUUUUAUAUAGUUUUUAUUUUUAUACAAUAUUGUAUCUGUAAGACAAUUCUGCACUGACUGCUUUCGGGAUACUGACGAUUAAUAAACGCAUGCUGCUUAAUUAAUAUCUAAUUUUAAGGAAAAUAAUAGUGUUUUGAUGUACAUGACUAUUUAUAAUAUUAUGGUACCUAGAAAGAUUAAUAUGGUACCUGGAAUGAUCUAGGUAAUUACAAAAAAAAAACUUCAACGUGUCAAUUUGAAUCAAGAUAUCUUUUAAAAUUAUAAUUAUUUCUAUAUACUUUAGUUUAGAAUCGAUUUUGUAUUUCAAAACACUAUUAUAAUAUUUAUAGUUUGUUGCGAGUUAGUGCCUUCGUUGUCUAGUCUGGUUGUAUGUAACAAAAGGACUUCAAAACCUCUUUGCGUUACAUUUUAGACGAAAACUAGUAUAAUUCUAGCAAAGGGAUAGAUAAUAUUGCGUCUUAUGAUAUACAUUAAUAUAUUGAUAGCGUUCCAUCCUCAUGAGAAGGUAGUUUAGCAUGAAUCUUCUUACUUACUCUGGGGGAGAUGUUUAAAAUUACCUCGGUACUGGAACGCGAUUUGAAUAUCGAAUUUGUGUAAUGGCGGCUGGUAUUCAAAUAUUUGUCGCCAUCUAUUAAAUGAAACCUCUUUGCGUGUUUUAAACGUCUGUUUUCAUACAAUGUUCAACACUGGUUGUUGGUGUUAUUUAUUAAACGCAUAAUUUUACAAUCACACGUACAUGUUGUAUUGUAUCAGUGCCUAUCAAGUCGGCAGCUAGAUUAUAAUAACAUUUGAUGAUAACUGGUAGCAGAAGUGGGGUCAUGGAAACUUAUACUUUUAAAUUACGUUUUAAUAACCCUUAGCCUUAGUAGUCAGAACAAUCGGCCGAGAUUGGAGGAGAUGAGCGAUUUUAUAAAGUAAAUUUCAAGUUACUUUUUAAAUGACUGAGCUGCCAUCAAUUUACGACGGCUACCCAGUAAUUUUUCAUAAACUGUAACUGUACACUAAUUAGGUACAAAAUUUUAAAAUUUUAACACAUUUUACUGACAUUUUUAAUUGGUCUUGUUUAAUUGUUUCAAGAUACCUCACUUUUGUCUACCACUUGAUACUCAAUUAUUAGUACAUUAAAAUUUUAAAAAGAUAAUAAUUAGUAUUUCGAAGUGUCACAACAAAUUGAUGUGAAAAUUGACAUUUGUGUUACCUGUCUGCUUAGCCAAAGAUCUGAAUAUUUUGAUGACUUAAUAAUGGGAUUAUUGAAUUGGCUCAACUAAUUGUAUUUUAAUGUGCAAUUGUACAUACUUGACUGGUUGUUAAAUAUUUGUAUGAAGGUGAGAGAUUGUACUUAAAAGUAAUUUGUGCCAAUGAAAUUACUUUGAUUAGUUUAAUAAGCUUUCUUAAAAAUAAUAAACGCAUAAGAAUAUAGUGCUAUAGUCAGUUUAAAGCUUGGAAAAUAAAACAUGCUUAAAAAAAUGUUUUUCUUUUCUAAUUUUAUUCGACUGAAAUGCUACAUGUAUUAGAGAAAUCUAAUAAUUUUUGUUUACUUUUUAGUACAAUCUCACAUUCUACACAGCAAAAUGGAGCCAUAUUGUUCUAGUGAGGAAAGGGAUGUAGCUAUACAAAUAUAGCACUAUCUCUUUCCCACAAUAGAAUUAUGACCAUUUCACAUACGGUUGUAAAACUUUAUCAACGUGCUAGCAUUUAAUAUAGUUAAAAAUGCAAUAUUAUUCAUAAAAUAUAUUUUAUUAGUUGAUAAAUCCAAGUAAUUCUGUCAUCGCAUUUCUGAAUGGAUAUUUAGAAUAUGUGAAGAUUCCGAGUUUUAAUAGUUUAAUACCCGGAAAUAAUGGAAUAACUGUGUUACUCGUAGCAUUAUUCACACAUAGCUAAAUAAUUAUGGUUUAAAUAAAUCUGCAUAUUUGUUAAUUUUUCGAUUUCUGCAUGGUCUACCUACUUUGCGUGAGAAAGAUUUCACAUGAACAUUUUGUCAAUACGAUUGUCCGUUCUUUUUUAAAUCAAGAAUCAUGUGGGAGCGUUGUCUGAUAUAAGUUUUGAUAAUAAAUACUGUGCAAUAUGUACAUAUGUAUGCUCACAAGUCACUUUCACAUCAAACCGUCCAUACAACGUAAUGUAUCUCUACAAUUUAAUAAAUAUUCUCAUACGCCA